AUGAACAAAGUAUGGAGGAAACUCAAGAUACUAAAGAACAAACUGAAGCAGAUGAAUAGGAAAGAAUUUAGCAAUACUGUGCAAAGAAUUCAAGAAGCAAGAAUAAAGUUGGAGGGGAUUCAGAAGCAAAUUGAUAGACAUGGCUGCAAUACUGAAAGUAUAACACAAGAAAAAAAGGCAAAGAAGGAGCUAGCUAAAUGGAGUGGAAUUGAGGAAAGCAUAAUGAAGCAAAAAUCAAGGAUCAAAUGGCUCAAACUGGGAGAAGCAAAUACAACAUAUUUUUAUGCUUGUGCUAAGAGUAGGCAAGCCAUUAACCAUAUUGGUAGUUUGUUUAAUAAUUCAGGUCAAUUACUAAAUACAGCUACAUAUGUGGAAACUGAGAUUCUAAAAUUUUUUAAGCAACUACUUGGAACAGCAGUAAUGCAAUUGCCAGUAGUAAGUUCAGAAGUGAUGAAGCAGGGGAUCAACCUGAACAGGAAGCAACAAUUGAGUCUAAUAAGAGCAGUAACUGAAGAAGAAGUUAAGCAAGUACUUCAGGAUAUUGAUGACAACAAAGCCCUAGGCCGUAAUGGAUACAAUGCUUUUUUCUACAAGAAAUCAUGGCAUAUUAUAGGGAAGGAGGUGACUCAAGGUGUAUUGGAAUUCUUUGAGAACCCAGAGAUGUGUAGAGUGAUCACUGAUAAUAUUAUAAUGAGCCAUGAAUUGAUCAAAGGUUAUGGGAGGAAGAAUAUAUCACCCAGAUGUAUGUUAAAGAUUGACAUACAUAAGGCUUAUGAUUCAGUAGAAUGGGUGUAUGUGGAACAGGUAAUGAGGCUGUUGGGACUGCCAGAGAAGUAUGUAAAAUGGGUGAUGGCCUGCAUUAGCAUAAGAUCAUACUUAAUCAUUGUCAAUGGAAAGCGAAUCAAGCCAUUUGAAGCAAAAAGAGGACUAAGGCAGGGAGACUCACUCUCACCAUUGCUGUUUGUCAUUGCAAUGAAGUACUUAUGUAGAUUGCUAAAGCAACUAGGAAGCAACAAAAACUUUAGGUUCCAUCCAAGGUGUGCUAAAAUGAAUCUCAUACAGCUGGGAUUUGCUGAUGAUCUACUAUUAUUCUGCAAGGAUGAGAAAAAAUCUGUGGUGGAAAUACACAAUCAGUUUCAAAGAUUUUCUAAAGCUUCUGGACUAGUGGCAAAUACAAGCAAGAGCAGUAUUUAUUUUGGUGGUGUAGACAACAGGGUGCAACAAAUGAUCCUGGAAAUACUAGGAUAUACUAAAGGUGAUCUACCUUUUAGAUAUCUUGGUGUCCUAUUGAGUACAAAAAGAAUAUCAACAAUCCAAUGCGAGCCACUGAUUGAUAAAAUGCUGAGUAGAGUGCAAAGCUGGACAAUCAAAUUCCUAUCCUAUGCAGGGAGAGCUGCAUUGAUCAAAAGUGUAUUAGGUACAAUCCAAAACUUCUGGGCACAAGUCUUCAUUUACCAAAGAAAAUUAUACAGUUCAUUGAGACAAUAUGCAGAAGGUUUUUAUGGUCGGAGAAUGCUGAGCCAACAAAAAAGGCACUGA